CGAUCUCCUCGCCCCGCUGUAGUUCUGAAGUGUGAAGCCGUGGUGAAGGCUGGUGGCGAGCAAGGGGAGGCCGGCCAAAAUGCAGCUCUUUAUCAGAUGUAAUGGGAGGAUUUUCCUGGCUAUUUGUUUAAUCCUCUUUGUGGGAUACACAGCACAAGGUGCUCCGGUGCAGAAGGCAAGGUACAAGAGAGUGAGGUGCCGACCCGAUGCCUGGUCCGUUAACUGCAUCGAAGAGAAGGGGCCCUGGUUCUACAUGCCCACGGGUGGAGCCAACAGGAUCCUUCCUCCCAUGGCAGACCCGUCCCUGCUGAAGAGCUACCAGGAGCUGAGUGAUAUAUUCCCACUCUCGGAUGAGGAGUCUGGCUCCGGGUCUGAUGCCACAGUGGAAGCAGAUCCAGCUUCUGGGUCGGGGCUUGGUGACGGCGAUGGCUUCUCUGAGGUGAAGCUGCCCAUCUUCCUAGCGGGCCUGCGAGGUGGCGAGCUGAAGCAAAAGCUAACGGAGGAGGAUUUGCUCCUGUAGGGCUGGAGACAUUGGCCUCGUGAUGGCGGCGGUGGCCUCCCUUGCCUCCUGCACCCUUUCCCUACUGCCUGACCCGACGCAAUGGUCACGAAGCUGUUUUAAACCAACUCCAAGUCAAUAAAAACUUUGCCUUAAAAU